AAUACAGGCAACUAGAAGUAGAAGUAUUUCUAACUACAUUUUAUAUUGUGAAGGGGCGUUGGUAUCUUGUUUAUAUAAAGUCUUAAAUAUUACGGAACCAUGGCUGACCCAUGGGUAAUUCAGGCACAUGAACAUGCCAAGUUCGCAGAGCACUUCCGUAACCUUGGACCCAUCAAUGGCACCUUGACAGGAGAACAGGCCAAAAGAUUCAUGUUACAGUCUCAACUUCCACCCCCGGUGCUCGGUCAAAUCUGGUCACUCGCAGAUACAAAUGCUGAUGGAAAAUUGGAUCUAAAGGAAUUUUCCAUUGCUUGCAAGAUAAUAAAUUUAAAAUUACAUGGAAUCGAAAUACCGAAGGUACUGCCCCCAUCGCUGCUUGCAUCGUUAAGCCCCACUGGUUCAAAACAACAAUUCCCCCCACCGAAACCCCCAAUUCCACCAAUGCCAAAUCUUUCCCAACCUCUAAUAAGCGGUUUACCCCCACAGUCUAAUCAAUCUCUACUGGGUGACUUUAACCAACCACCGAUCCCAUCGAAGCCUACUGCUGUACCUGAUCUUAUAUCUGGGGUUAAACCCCCCGUACCAUCACAACCAAUGAUGUCUAAUAGCCAGUCAUUGAUUAAUCAACCCUUGGUUUCAACUCAACCUUUAGUUAAUACUCAACCGUUGAUGGGUGGCACUCAAACUCUAAUGGGCGCAACUCAACCAUUGGUGGCUCCAACUCAAUCAUUAAGUGGUUCAACUCAACCGUUGAUUGGAGGAACUCAACCAUUAGUACCAGGAGCGCCUAUGACUGGUUCUACUCAACCGAUGAAUCAAUUAAUUAACACAUCUCAACCUCAAUUAAAUUCAAGCCAACCUUUGAUGUCUCAAUCGUUGAUAUCUAAUCAAUCAUUGAUAAAUACAAUGCCAUCUCAACCUCCGAUCAUGAAUACGUCAGCACAACCGUUGAAUCAAAGCCAACCAUUAGUUGGCUUGGGUCAAAAUCCACCACUCGUUGGACCAACCCCAUUAGUGCCCAGCUCCCAACCACAAAUACCCAGUGGCACAACAGUUGCUUCCAUGAGUAGUCCGCCAAUGCCGGCUGUGACAAGUGCAGCGGGUUCGAUGUCCGGCCAACCGGUAACGUCGACCCCGAUCACGGCUGUCAAGAGUGAUUCGUUCUCAAAACCAGGGUCUCUAGCCACCAGUCCCACUGAAGUCCCGAUGGGAGUGGUUACCCCACCGCCAGCAGCUGAGUGGAGUAUACCACAGCCUCAAAAACUCAAAUACACUCAACUGUUCAACGCAACGGAUCGUGCGAAAACCGGUUCCGUGUCCGGUGCCCAAGCACGGUCCAUCAUGCUGCAGUCGAGACUGCCCCAGCAGACAUUGGCUCAAAUAUGGGCUCUCGCUGACUUGGACUCGGACGGAAAAUUGGGAUGCGAAGAGUUUGUGCUCGCGAUGUACUUGUGUGAACGCGCCACACAAGGCGAGCAACCACCGGCCAAGCUGCCGCCAGACUUGAUCCCCCCCACUUUUAGGCGUGAUUCCGUAUCCAGCUUAAGCAGUGUGAAGUCUUACGAGGAGAGACGAAAGGAAAACUUAGCUAGAGGUCAAGCGGAGCUGGAGAGGAGACGGUCGCAGCUCGCUGACAUACAAAUGAAAGAGAAGGCGGAGCGGGAACGCAAAGAGAGGGAAGAAGCGGAGAAGAAAGAGAAGUUGCGUCUCGAAGCGCAGAAGAAGGAACAGGAAGAGAUGCUUCGGAAGCAGAAGGAAGAGCAGGAAAAACGCGAAGCCGCCAGGAAAGAAAUGGAGCGACAGUGUCAAUUGGAGUGGGAGAAGAAACGAACAAGGGAGUUAGAGACACUCAGGACUGAGGAGCAGAGCAAGGUCUUAUCAUUGAAGGCUCGUUCACAAGCUAUCACCGCAGAACUGAACUCCGUCACUCUGAGAGCUGGUAAUCUGGCGAAGGACAUCCGGGAUACGAGGACAGCUGUAGCGGCAGCCAAGUGUACCAUUGAUUCCAUGAGGUCCGACAGAGACGCCAGCAUGGCCGAGAUGCAGCAGCUCAAGUCGAAAGUGAAAGAACUUAACGCCAAACAAAUAUCGUUGAAUAAAGAAAAAGCCGAACUCGAUAGCAAAACGAAGGCAUCCGAUGGGGGAAGUGAGGACGGGAAGCUCAAUAUGAUGGAAGUCACCCUCAAACAGCUACGUGAUAAGGUCGAUGCAGCUAAAGCGAUCGUCGAAAGCAAGAAAGCGGACUUGGAGAGCAACAAUACCCAGCUCUCCGAGCUCACCGCGACGGUGACCCAGCUGAGCGAGAAGUGUGAGACGGUCUGGAAGCUGUACGAGCAGAAGCGAGACGAGUACGUCCAGAACCGGAACACCGCGCCCGCAGACACGGCCUGGGGAACUGAUGCAGACUGGGGUACGUCGAACGAAGCUUGGGGCGAGCCGACGCCCGCUGAAAGCGCGUGGGGAGACGCACCCACUACUAAUGCCGUCGAAGAGGUACCACCUACCACGUCCACGACUGCGCCUAAAUGGCGUUGCGUGUACGAGUUCAACGCGCGAACGGCGGACGAGCUCAGCUUACAGCCUGGGGACUUGGUAAGCGAGGCGACGGCUCCGAGGGGUGAUGCUGAGCCGGGCUGGCGGUGGGGGAUGGCGAGAGGCCAAUCCGGCUGGUUCCCAGAGUCGUACGUCGAAGAUAUAAACGCGGUACAAAUGUACGCGGAGGCGAUUGAACCGAUAGAGACGAAAACGCAACUCGAAGGUAUAGCUGAGGUACCGGAAGCGGAAAUAACAAACGACUUGGGUGGAGCCAUGCCGCCUGUUGAGGGGGGGGACUUCUACAUCGCGGCGUACCCGUACAACUCGUCGGAGCCCGGCGACCUGGUGUUCGAGGCCGGCGAGCGCAUCGAGGUGGUGCGGCGGGACGGCGACUGGUGGACGGGACGCGUCGGGCCGCGAACUGGUAUAUUCCCGUCGAACUACGUCACCAAGGACGCGACGACCAGCGCCGAGCCCAUGUCGAGCAUACCGGAGGCCCGCGAGCCGCCAGCGGAGCCCCAGGAGGUCGCGCCGCCGCCGCAGCCCGAGCCCAUGCAAGUCGUUGAGGAGCAGAAGUCGUCGACGCCGAUAUCGUCGGAGGUGGCCUCCAUCACGGAGACGGCCCGGCCGCCGUCCGCCGCCCGCCGGGACUCCGGCCGCGACUCCGCCACCGCGCGCCGCAAGCACGAGGUCGCGCAGGCGCUCGCCAACUACACCGCCACCAGCUCUGAACAGCUAUCUCUGAUGAAAGGCCAGCUCCUCAUCGUGCGGAAGAAGGCCGACAGCGGCUGGUGGGAGGGUGAACUGCAGGCCAAAGGCCGGAACAGACAGAGCGGGUGGUUCCCGGCUAGCUAUGUAAAGGUGCUACAGUCCUCUGGCAGAACUUCAGGAAGAACGACCCCAGUUAUGUCCAAGAUGGACACGGUACCAACGGAAACUGUCAUUGAUAAGGUCAUAGCUCUGUAUUCUUAUACAGCACAAAACGCUGAUGAGCUUAGCUUUGAAAAAGACGAUAUAAUCGCCGUCACCGAUCGCUCGCAGGAUCCGGCCUGGUGGCAAGGUGAGCUCCGCGGGAUGACAGGACUGUUUCCGAGUAACUACGUCACGAAACUAGUUAACUAAAAACUAUUUAUUAAUAUUAUAUAAUGUUUCUUAUAGGCAAGCGUGCUACAUCUUACACCGUGUCGAUGCUUAACAUCAGGCAAGUCAACGGUCAAACGCUGGCCUAUUAAUAGUAAAAAAAAAAUGUAGAUUUCUCUUAUAUAAAAAACUCUACGUAUAAAACAAAUAUAAUCGAAGUUAUAAAUGUUUAACAAAUCCAAAGUUGUAAUCAAAUAUUACAUUUAAUAUAAUAAUUUUUCCUUACUUAUUCGUAUGACCAUAUACUAUGUUAGAAUGCUUAUCAGUACAUAUUAUAAAAAAACUGUGCUGCGUUUGUCUGUCUGAACGCCUAGUAACAGCCUGUUAAUGUCCCACUGCUGGGCUAAGGCCUCCUCUCCCUUUUAAGGAGAAGGUUUGGAGCUUAUUCCACCACGCUGCUCCAAUGCGGGUUGGUAGAAUACACAUGGGGCAGAAUUUCAAUGAAAUCAGACACAUGCAGAUUUCCUUCAUCGUCAAGCACGAGAUGAAUUAUAAACACAAACUAAGAAAGUGAAAAUUCAGCGGUGCUUGCCCGGGUUUGAACCCACGAUCAUCGGUUAAGAUUCACGCGUUCUAACCACUGGGACAUCUCGGCUUCUGUCUGAACGCGAUAAAUUGGACGGAAUAAAAAAAGACUUGAAAUGUGUGUAAUAUCGAUAAAAAUGAGAAGGAAGCUCGGAGCUAUACUAAAUCAAACGCUAAAUUAAAAAAUAAUUCUGUAACAGAAAAGCUAUACGCGAACACGCUUAAACAAAAUAUAAAUAUUAAUUGAGAAUUUCCAUUUUAGUUGAUUGGUAUCAGAUUUUUUUUUAAUAUUUAUGCUCUAAAGAAGACAUUGUACAUACGACCUUUUAAAACAGAUCAGUGUCUAUGAAAUCAAAAUGUGUUUCAAAGUAGUCCGACAAUAGACUAUUAAUAUUUAAUAACAUUUUUUAUAAUAUUGAUAUUUAUUUCUUACCAGUUUUCGCAUCUUGAUUUGCCCGCGUGUUAGGGGAAGGGGGUUAGGUAUUUCGUAAAAAAAAGUAGCCUAUCUCCUUCCUUGAGGUUCAAGAUUGCUUCAUACGGAAUUUCAUCAAAAUCGGAUCAGUGUUUUAGCCGUGAAAGCGUGACACACAGACAAUAUUACUUUCGCAUUUAUAAUAUUAGUAUAAAUUGUUGAUCUUUCUUUUAAAUAGUAUUUAAAUUGAAAAAAAAACUUAUUUAAAAGAAUAAAUAAUUAAAAAAAAACAAUUCAAAAGACGUUAAUAAGUCACUGUUUUUUUCUAUAUCGUGUCAUUUAAAUUGUAUUAAAAUAUUAUUAUUAUUUUUAUUGGUAAAAAUGUUACAAUAUCAAUGUUUGUAGUGUUGAAGGAAUUAUCUGCGUAAUGUUAUAGUAAUUUUAGACUGUAGUUACUUUAGAAAUAAAUGUUAUCAAA